UUUUCAGUUAUUUGUUUACUCGCGAACCCGGUGGUUGUUAAAAUCGUCAAUGCGUGUUGUGAAAAAGAAAUAAAGUGAAAAGAAAAUUUAUUUUCGCAGUGAAGUUAUCGCGAAGUCGUCGGGAAGAGGUAGCACGUGUUAAUACGCGAAGAAAAAGUGCAAAUUUUGUCUAGAAAAACUACAAAAAACAGAUAAAAAGCCAAACCAUGUCGGUCUUAUUGGCUGACAUUGAUGCAACUUGUGCGGCCUUGGGUUAUUCUGAUGGCCAACGUUAUCAGGCUGAGCCUGAUGCCAUACAAGGCCUAAAGCAUUUAAUUUGGAUUUUACGUCGUGAUCACGACAACCAUGAAUAUCGCCGUCAUUUGGGCCAUGCCAAAGUUUUACAAACCGAUUUGGUUUAUAUGUUGCCGGAAUAUGUAAAUGAUGAGGAAUUUGCCGAUGUUCUUAUACGUCUUUUGGUCAUCUUAACCAAUCCCACAUUGCUUUUGUAUCGUGAUGGUCCACCCAAGGACAAUCAUGGCCGUAAAGUUUUCAUGGAAUUAAUUGAUAUUUUACAAGGCUACAAGAGUGCCUUUACCCGUGACAAAAUAUGGGCAGCCCUGUUUGGAAAGCUGAAGACUUCCCUGGAAGUGGACUGGGCCUUACGCAGCGAAGAGCAAAGUCUCUUAAUUGAACGUAUUUUGGUUUUAAUACGAAACGUGCUUCAAGUGCCCGCAAAUCCUGAGGCUGAGUGCCGGGCCGAUAAUGAUGCCAGCGUUCAUGAUCAGGUCAUUUGGGCAUUACAUCAAUCGGGCAUUUUGGAUUUGGUCUUGUUCGUUAUUUCAUCGCCCGAUGAACAUCAAUUCCAUCUGCAUUGUCUGGAGAUAUUGUGUCUCCUUUAUCGUGAACUGACUGCCGAAAAUCUUGCUGAUGCCUCAUUGCAACGCAGCGUCAGUGAAAAACAACGCGACGAACAGGAACUGCUGGCAGCCAGGCGCCGAGAGAAACAACGUACAUCGACCAAACCGCCGCCAGGACGACACUCACGUUUCGGCGGCACGUAUGUAAUACGUAAUCUGAAAUCUGUCUCGGAUCGGGAUAUUAUCUGCCAUCAGCCGUUGGAACGUGUUACAUCGAUUGAUUUCGAUCGUGAGAAGCAACAGCAGAAGCGUUCGUUUCGUCACAUCCGUGAAGAGGCUCAGGUGACGCGACGCAGUGCCUUUUCGGUGCGUCUAUGCUUACGAGAAUAUUGCAUUGAGGUUUUGCGCUCAGCCUAUAAUACACUGGUGCGGCAAGUACGUCGUGUGUUGGAGCGCAAUACAGGAGGCACCAGUCAUGAUGACUCGUAUCUGUUGUGGGCCAUACGAUUCUUCAUGGAAUUUAAUCGCCUAAGUGAUAUGAAAUUGGAACUUGUCAGUGAAUCGCUGAGCGUGCAAUGUUUCCAUUGGGUCCUGACACGUAUGCAACAUCAUAUGGACAUGAUUGUCAGCGACAAGAAACAAGCUCGUCCCUGGGCCAAACGUUUACAUGUUGCACUACAGACAUUCCGUGAAUUGCUCCACAGCAUGCUGGCACUGCAGAAACUCAAAGAUGACAAUGCCGCUGCCCUGUUCGAUAUGUUAUUGAACAAUGUCUGCUAUGUCCUGGAGUAUCGGGAGACGAUAUUGCAUUUGUUAAUGAACUACAAUGAGACGCACAGUACCAAAGCCUUUUUACGUGACGUUGUUGAAACGGCAAAUAUUUUCAUUAAAAUGAUGGAAAAAUUCUGCAAGGACUCUGUGGUGGUGCAAGAUAAAAAACGCAGCAAAAAACGUUCCAAUAAAAAAUCGAAAAAAUCCGAUAAACCUAAACAAGAAACUGAGGAAGAGUUGUCUAACAAAUGGGCAGAAAUGGCUGGUGAAUUAUCACAACUUUUGGCUACUGAAUUGCAAAUACCUGAAGAAGAUCAGCCCAUACCUUUCGAUUCUGCCUCGGAUGUGCCCAUCGAUGAUCAAAAGGAAGAUUGUAUGAUAAGGAUUCACAAAAUGUUACGAACUGGUAAAUUGGAUCAUGCCAUUGCAUUAAUGCGAGCUGCCAGGGAAGUGUGGCCAGAAAAUGAUGUUUUCGGUGCCAUGUCCGCAGCUCCCGAAGAUGAAUUACUGCUGAUGCGUGAAAUAUUUAUGCAUAACAUAACAACAGUUGAACCUGAAGAAAACAAUGAAAACGAAUCUAACAGCGGUGAGGAUGACGAGGAGAACGAGGAAAUUGAAGAUAACCAUGUUGUUGAGAAGACUUUUAAAUUCGAUGACUUUGCUAAAAGAUUAUUGAAUCCGAAAAUAGUUCGUGCCUGUGUUGUGGUUCUAACUGAUUGGGAGAAAAUACCAACUAAAUCCCUGAAAGCAGCUGUAACCAUUCUUCAUCGCAUUGCCUAUGGUUGUUCGUGUCCGGCUAUGCUUUAUCAGGCCAAGUUAUUUCGCAUUUUCCAAGAGGUUAUGAAUGCCGGCCGUGAUGCCCACCACGAAGAACUGCGACGCCUGGGAACAUAUGUUGUGAGGAAAUUUGUUGAAACCGCUCCCAACAAUCCGAAAAUCUAUGCCGAAUUGCUGUUCUACAAGAGUGUCAAGGAAGCCAAUGAAGUUGAAUCCGGCUACUGUGAUGCCUAUGAAUCUGGUACCAAAGGCACAUGGACCGAUGAACAGGAGGCUGAAUUGCGUUUUCUAUUUGAAGAAAAUCAACGAAAUCCUGAAACUGACAAGGAUGUCAUUGAUUGGAUUUUGGAUAAUAUCAUCGAUAAGACCCGCACUCGAAGAGGUGUUUUGAAAAAACUAAAGGAAAUGGGUCUGACAUUUAAGGCUCCAACAAAGAAGUCAACAGCUAGUGCUCAGUCUAAACAUCUGUGGAAGCCUGAGGAGGAUGAAGAGUUGCGUUCACUCUAUGAUCAAUAUCGCACGGAGGAUGAUUGUCUUCAACGUAUCCUCGGCGAAUUCGAGGAGAGACGCAACAAACAACAGAUCAUAAAGAGAAUGUUACAACUACAUAUAAUAGCUGAUAAAUCGGAAAUAUUGCCUCAGAAGCCAAGAAAACGUAAAUCUAAAAAGAAGAACAGCGAUGAUGAUGAGGAAAAUGAUGAAUUUAUGCAGGAAGAAGGCGGCAUGUCGGAAAGAGCCAAGUCGUCGUCAUCGUCGUCGAAACCAUCUAAGUCACGUAAACCAGCCAAGUCUCAAAAGAGAAAAAUUGUACGUACUCCCCUUGAUGUUGGCACCGUCAGGGCUUUGCUGGGUCAAAUUGAUGCCGACAAAUAUCAGGAAUCCAUUGAUUGGUUGAAGGAGUGUUUGGAUGAUGCCGCCGAUGAUGAGGAUGAACCAAGCGAGGAAGAUGAUGGCGUACCGUUGUUGCCAUUACAGCCCCAACAAAAAGAGGCUAUGGAAGAUGACAAUUUCAAAAAAGUUUUGGUAGCUCUGGGUAUACAGCCACCUGUUUUGGGUAUGGAAACCUAUUGGCGUAUACCGACCUAUUUGAAUUCGGCCGAUUUAAAGUUGAGAGCAAAAAUUGUUGCUGGUGAAGAGGUGGAAAUUGAUGUUGAGGGUAUCGAAGAAGACGACGACGAUGAAAGCGACAAUGCAGAUGACGCUGGCGAUGAUAAUGGCAGCGAAAGCGAAGAUGAUUACUUGGAAUCCUUGGCCAAUGCCAAAGACCGUGAAAAGUUGGACAACUUAGAAAAGAUUCGUGAUCAGCAAAGAUCGAAACUGAAUAAUUUAAUGUUCAGCAAGAGCGAUGAAGAAACUGAGGAACGGGCUCCACUGCAAGCCAAAAAGAAACCCAAAACAAAAAAAGAAACUCAGAAGAAAAAGAAAAAACCAGCAAAGUCUGAUGACUCUGACGGUGAAGACCCAGAAUUGGUGAAUAAAAUUAAAAAGAAAUUGGAUAAGAAACGCCGUAACUACGAUUUGAGCAGUGAAGAGGAUAAUAGCGAUGCAGAAGAUACCUUUAAAAUGCCAGCUGAAAAAGCGGUGGAAAAGCCAAACACCGUAGAUCUUUUUGACCAACUAAAGGCCAAGAGGGCUAGUAGCAAAAUCAAACUUAGCGAUAUGGUUGAUGAAAAGAAAACUGCUGCAAAAAAUAAUGCCACCGAAGAUGAUGAUGAAAAUGAUGAUUUGAAUUUCAAUUCUGAGGAUUAUCGCAAACGUUUGGCGGAAUUGGGUGAUGAUGAUGAUGACGACAACGAGGAUGGUGGCGUGGAAGAACAAGAAAAAACUAUUAUCAAUCGUUCUCGUCGUGCUAAUGUAAUUGAAUCCGAUGAUGACGACGAUGAUACUAACAAGAAAGGUAAUCCUGAUGAAAAUGCUACUAAAAAACGUCGUCGUUCUGUGGAUGCUCAUGGCGAGGAGACAGAUAAAGAUGAAGAGGAUGAGGAUGCCAUGUUCUUAUCGCGCAAGAAACCUUCUGCUGCAGAAAAACUUGCUGCCGAAACCGGUGAAGAACCAGCUAAACGUCGUCGCCUGGCCAUCGUUGAUGAUGACGAUGAAGAUGAUUAUUAAGCAAUUCUCUUCAUUGUCCUUUGCUGUUGUAUGCAGUGACUUUUCCCAAUCAAUUCUUUCAAUUUACUUCAUGUUUGCUUUGAUUCCCGAUUCCAACAUCAACCAUUUCGAUUUUGUCGUAUCAUUUUACAUACACUUAAUUGAACAAAAAUUACUGCACGGCAUGCCAGCCAGCAUCCGGAUUCUCAAAAUCAAAACUUCGCUGUUGUUUUGACAUUUCCCUUUUAAUUCUCUGCUCGCUUUGUCAUUGCCAUUUCCGACAAUGGUGGUGGCAUAUGUUUCCUUAACCGAAUGAAUAUCCAGCAUUCGUGGCGUAGCAUGGCAGCAUUAUUAAUCUCUGUCCGCUAAUGAUAAAAUGUCAAAGUUUUAUCUUUCACUUUUCACUGCAUACAACACGAUAUUAUUAUUCAUUUAUUGCCUUUUGUUAUAUCCUUUUUUUCUUCUCUUAACAUCUUUUCUUUUUUUUUUUUUUGAUUUUCUUAUUCCUUUGUGUAAACGUUGUGUAUUUUUGAUUGCACUUCGUCGUAUCGUAUCGCUUAAUUCUCUAUGUUAAAUAAAGUUAAAUGUUUCCUUUGCAUCUUAAA